AUGACUGUGCUGACUGUUACAUCCCAAAACUCUCAAGUUGGUCUGAAGCGAACCGUGACUAGAAGGAUUGAGGACAUCGUGCACAACCUGGAGCUUCAGCUGCAACGUGAUGUGGGAAGUUUUGACUUUUUCUCCUUGACUCUGGACGAGAGCUGUGAUGUCCGCGACACAGCCCAGUUACUCGUGUUUGUCCGUGGGAUAACGCAGGACUUCAAGAUUACGGAAGAGCUUGCAGCAAUGCAGUCGAUGAAAGGGACGACGACGGGGAGCGACCUGUUCACGGAGGUAAAUGCUUGUCCAAAUCUUACAGGGAAAAAUGUUGGACUUUUGAAACGAAUGCAAGAUAAAGUGACUGAAAUAGAUGCAGAUCAGAAAUUGGUAUUUCUGCAUUGUAUUAUACACCAACAUGUGUUGUGCAAGUCAGUGCUAAAAAUUAACCAUGUUGUUGUUGUUGUUUCUAAAAUAGUAAACUUCAUCCUUUUGGAGGAGCAUGAGAGUGAGCAUAGGGACAUCGGCUACCACACAGCUGUCAGAUGGCUCAGCCUGGGCAAAGUGCUAAAAAGAGUUUGGGACCUGAAAGCAGAGAUUCAAGAGUUUUGUGAGGAGAAAGGCAAAGACAUCCCAGAGCUGUCAGAUGAGGACUGGGUGGCAGAUGUUGCAUUUGCUGUUGAUGUGACUGCACUGAUUAAUGAACUGAACACCAAACUACAAGGCAAGGGCCUUUUUGUUCAUGAAAUGCACAGCCUGGUGAAGGCUUUCAUGAGAAAGAUGCAGUUUCUUUCAAGCCAACUGGAGAGCAACACUCUGACUCACAUGCAAACCCUGGAAGAAGUCGCACCAUCAGCUAAUCCACUCAGCAGUGUGGGUAAUGCCGCCAGUGAUGUUCAGCUGGAACUCAUUGACCUGCAGUCUGAUGCAGUUCUGGCAGAGCAAUUCAAGUCCGUAUCUCUGCUGGAGUUUUACUCUUCUCUCAAGGAGGAGAACUUUCCAAACAUGAGGAGACAUGCUCAGAAGAUGUUGGUUCUCUUUGGCUCCACCUAUAGGUGA